AAAUGCAGAGGUGACGUGACAGAGCGGGGCAUCAGGCAAAGUGACACGCAAACCCUACAGGGGCAGCGGGCAGCAUCUAACGGCGUCACUUGAAGCCACUAACGCCGUUAUUACAACACACCAGGACACGAAAAAUUCAAUCAUUUUAUGCCCCCGAGCCUCAGCUCCGCGUCUCAGAACGAGGCUCGGACCGACGUUCGGAUCUCACAAAGGCCUCCCUCACUCGAAAAAGCCAAGCCAGAAGCAGCGCCAAAAGGGGGGAGAGAGAGAGGGGGGGACUGAGAGUUCUAGAGAGAGAAAGAUAGUGGAGUGAGUAUCUGUGUUCUUAGAGAGAGAAGAAAGAUGGGCCAGAUCGUGAAAAGGAAGAAGAAAGGGAGGCCAUCGAAGGCAGAUCUGGCACGGCGACCGCUUUCUCAGUCGCAGGAGCCGGAAUCGGAGGUCCGGCGGAGCAUAAGACGGAGAAAUGUGCGGUACGACAUAGACUACUACGAGGAUUACUUCGACGAGGAGGACGAGGAGGAGGAGGAAGAGAGGAGGAGAGAGAAGAAGCUGAAGCUCGUAGUGAAACUGAAUCAGAAGAGCGAGUCAGCUGAGCCGGCUCUCAACCGGUCUCGUGGCGGACACACUUCGGAGGAGGAGGAAGACGAAGAAGAGGAAGAGGAUAAUAAACCGUUGAAGAAGAGGAAAAUCAACGGUGGUGAUUUUAGUGGAAGUGAAGAAGAAGACGAUGAUAAUAAUAAUUAUGAUGAAGAGGCGAGGGGGAGAAAAGCGAGGGCAAAAGGGCAGGACUCGGCUUCAGGGACGCCGGUGAAUCAACCGGCUGAGAUUCCGUUGACUGAUAAGAAAUCAUUGGAGUUGAUUCUGGACAAAUUGCAAAAGAAGGAUACAUAUGGUGUGUAUGCAGAGCCAGUUGAUCCUGAGGAGCUUCCGGAUUAUCAUGAUGUGAUAGAGCAUCCGAUGGACUUUGCUACUGUGAGGAAGAAGCUGGGAAAUGGAUCAUAUUCUACCUUGGAUCAAUUUGAGAGUGAUGUUUUUCUAAUAUGCUCAAAUGCCAUGCAAUACAAUGCACCAGACAGUAUAUAUUAUAGACAGGCACGAACUAUUCAAGAGCUGGCAAGGAAAAAAUUCCAUAGGUUAAGGCUUGGUAUUGAACGCUCCGAGAAAGAGCUCAAGCCCGAGAAAGAGAUCCAGAUAGAGAAGGAGCUCAAGUUAGAGAAAGAUGUUAGGUCUGAACAACGACCAAAACUUAAUAUUUUGGCAAAGAAGCAAACUAAGAAACCUCCUUUCAGCCGGACCUUGCCAGAACCUGUCGGAUCUGACUUCUCAUCUGGUGCCACUCUUGCCACCACCGGAGAUAUUCAGAAUGGUACUAUUGCGUUCCAAGCUGGUGGUUGUGAGAGGCCAAGUACUACUGAUGGGCUUGUAGAGGGUAAUUCUUCCCAUGUUGAUAAUAAUUUAGAGAGGGCGGAAGAACUGUCAUCAGGGAAGGGUCUCCUAUCUAAAAUGGGGAGGAAGCCAUCUGUGGUUGAUGAGAACCGUCGUGCAACUUAUAACUUAUCCACUCAACCCUUGGUCAGAUCAGAUUCAGUAUUUACAACUUUUGAUGGUGAAAUCAAGCAGCUGGUUGCUGUUGGUCUCCAUGCAGAGUAUUCCUAUGCUAGGAGCUUGGCCCGUUUUGCUGCAGUUCUUGGUCCUGUUGCUUGGAAAGUUGCCUCUCAGAGGAUUGAGCAAGCACUACCUCCAGGAUACAAGUUUGGUCGUGGAUGGGUAGGAGAGUAUGAGCCACUUCCGACCCCAGUAUUGAUGCUUGAGACCUGUUCACAGAAAGAAUCUUCCCUGUUUACAAAAUACCAGUCUAUUGCUGAUGUGCGAAAAGAUGAAUCAGCUUUUAAGACCCCUGUUCCUACUAAGGUACAUCAUGUUAGUCAGCCUGUUUCUGAAGGGAGUUCAUCUUUGUUUCAUCCUCCAAAUGGGUCAUCCUCAGAAGGAAAGCCCCCAUUCUUUGCUUCUCCCAAAGCAAAACCCAGUACCCCUGCUAGUGUUCUUCAGCAACAGAAUCCAUUUUCUAGGACUUAUACUGAGCCUGAGAAUAAGGUCUCAAAGCAAGUUGAAUUGAAUUUGCCUCCCUCUGGUAGCCAGAAUAAUGGUGAUCUUGUUGCUGCAAAACAGUUUACAAAGAAAAUAGAAAUGGUAGCUUCUAGGCCAAAUGAGAUGGUGGCAAGGAAUAUGAAUCUGAUGCAGCCUUUACCUCCAAAGCACAUUACUAGCAAUGGAGUUGGUAGUGGAGGAUUGCCCAAUGGAAAAGUGACAAGCAAUUCCGGGAAUGCUAGAGUGCUUAGUCCAGCUUCUGAUAAUGUUCAGACGGCCAGGGCAGCUUCGUACUUGCCCUAUGGACAGGAGCAAAGCGUCAAUGAUCCAGUUCAGUUGAUGAAAAUCUUAAAUGAGAAGGCUCAAAAGCAGCAGAAUUCUUCAAAUCAGGCCCCAUCUAAUACUCCACCUAUUAUGCCUUCGGUUCCAUUUGUAAGAAGAGAUGAUUCAAACAACGCUGCAGCUGCAGCUGCCCGUGCAUGGAUGUCUAUAGGAGCUGGGGGGUUCAGACCACCAACUGAAAAUUCUAGUUCUCCCAGAAAUCAGAUCUUGGCUGAGUCAUUAUACAACCCAACUCGUGAAUUCCAUACUCAAAUUUCUCGAGUUCGAGGGGAAUUCCCUCAUUCUAUAGGUAUGCAGUUUCAGUCAGAGAAGAACAGUUUUCCACCCCAGGCAUUUGUACCACAACCUGUUCGUGUAGUAAAUGAAGCUCAGUUCCAAAGUAGACCCAUGGUUUUCCCUCAAGUAGUAACUCAUGAUCUAUCUAGGUUCCAGGUUCAGACCCCUUGGCAAGGCCUUAGUCCACACUCCCAACCAAGACAGAAACAGGAAGCACUUCCUCCUGACUUGAACAUUGGUUUCCACUCUCCCGGAUCUCCAGCAAAACAGUCUUCUGGUGUUCUCGUUGACCCGCAGCAGCCAGACCUGGCUUUGCAGCUUUGAGUAUGUGUUGGCUUUUCUGCAAUUGGAGACUCAGGGAAGAGUCAGAAGGUAAUUUUUGGCAACAUCGCGAACUUGUAAGAAUGUCAAUUCCUUAUGAUCUGGCAUAAAUGUGGCCUAUCUCGGAACUUAGAGUUGAAAAGUUUUAGGUUCAGAAGUGGAUGAAAUAAGUUGGGGAUGUCGGAUUGCUUCCUCGACUCAAGCCAUUUUUAGAAGUUGCAGAAUAUUGAAUCAUUCAAGGUGAAUUUUUAAGGGAGGAAAAUUUUGAAUAGAGCUUCUUAUUUUUUCUGUCAUCUUUUCCUAACAAGAAUUACUGGCAUGGAAAAUGGAAUUGCCCUAAAUUUUAUCUGAAUAUUCCCAGGGAGCUAGGGUCAAAUGGUUGGAAGAGAGAGUUGAGCCAAGUGAAGAUAUUGUUUCAAUGAUUGUUGCCCAAUUGAUUAGAAGCUGUUGAUCUUUGAACCUCUUUGAUGGGUGCCUUGUAAAUAAGGUUACAGGUGUACUAGAAUUAUUAUUGGCUAGAAUGUAGUUGUAUUUUAUGCCCUUCUACAAAAUUGCAUUGAUGAUACCGCUUCACCUACUCUGGUUGCUGGAUCUCUUGGAUGGAUUUUGAUAAUUUGUUUAAAGGCUAGAUUAGGGAUAGAUUUGAUUUAAGCCGACAUCUAUGCCAGCUUGAGAGCUCAUUCAAGUUGAUGUGUAAUAUCAUUGGUGGGUUAUUGACAUGGUGAGCACUGUCAUCGAAUGUGUAAACAGUAUCAUCGGUUGGAUGAACAAUAUUUGUAGAAAACAAACAGAUUUAUUUAGAGUCUAGUUAUCAAGUUGGAGCUUUAUUUUGAGAUUAA